AUGAUCCCUCAGGUAAUCAUCACCAUGAGCGAGCGAAAAGAGCGCGAACGUCCGUUGCUGCCCGAUCCGGAUGAUCCAGACUACAUCAAGGACCUUCAGCGGCCGGCGGUCAUCAAGGAGGAUUUGUGCGAGAUGGAAAGACGAAAACGCGUGCAGGAAAUACUUGAAUCAAAAUCAUUUUGUCAAGAGCUUGAAGAUGUUAUCCGGCAGGAGUGCGAUUCUUCUCUGUCGGAUCCGGACCAUCUCAUCACGCUUCAACGUCUCGCCGAAUUGACGAUCAAUCCGAAAAUGUUUUCCAUCACCAAUCUUCAUGCCUAUGGUCGAAUUGCUGGAAACCCGAUUCCCAUUGCGGACUUGCGCGGAAACGAAGGCUAUUCCAAACUCGAGAAAAUGGAACGCAACAAGUUGGCCUGCUUGUUUCGCUUGGCUGACUUGUUCCAUUGGGCUCAAGGGAUUUACAACAUGAUAACUUACCGAAUUGAAGACCAACAUGACGAUUAUCUGGCGAAUCCUUAUGGGCUCUUGUACCAUGAAAUAACAUCAAGCUCGCUUGUCAAGAUGGAUGUCGAAGGGGUGAUUUUGGACUAUGGCUCUUCAAAGACCGGAAUCAACAAGCCAUUGUUUCUUCUUCAUUCGGCGAUCUAUAAGGCGCGCAAAGACGCGAAAUGCAUCAUUCAUAUGCAUUCGCCGGUGGUUUCGGCUGUCGCCAGCAUGAAAUGCGGACUGUUGCCAUUGUGCCAGGAGGCGAUGAUCAUCGGACCUGUUUCGUACCACAACUAUCACAUCAAUAUUGCGGUUAUCCAAAACCAAGGAUUUGUUGUGAUCGGCGAAACGAUUGAGCACGCGAUGUUUCUUGCUCAGAAUACUGCGGCGGCUUGCGAGAUUCAGGUGCGUGCUUCACGCGCUGGAAUCGAAAAUCUCGUGAUUCCGUCCGAUGAAGAAGUCGCAAAAGUCUACGAGGAAUCCAUUUUUUACCCGAGAAAUGCUAAGAAAACUGGAGAGUACGGUACUGAGUGGAAUCUCGGCGAGCUUGAGUGGGAGUCGUGGAUGAGCGUUCUCGAUUACGCCAACUUCAAAACCGGCCAUAUCUACAAGCAGCCAUUUUUGCGCCUAAAAUCGGCUGAGCCGUCGACGUCGACACCGAAGAGCAAUAGCGAUGUUGCGGUUCCGCCGAGCGCCUCGGCUUUCGGAAAGGUCGAUGAAUCAUGCCUUCAAAAGUUGACGGCUCAUAAGAUGGCGUUGCUUCGAAAAGAGCAGGAGCGAGCUCGUUGGCUUAACAGCCCAAACACAUAUCAAAAGGUUGAAGUUGUUGAAUACGGUUCUGAUCGUCCGAAGAAGGUUACCAAAUGGGUUUCGGAUGGAUCCUCUACAAGCGCCGGCGGAACACCAAUUAAGAUUAGUGGGGCUCAUCAAUUCAGUCCAGCUUCGUCGAACCCAAAAGAGUUCAAGGAAAAGAGAAACACGAUCAAGGAGAAUAGUCGCUUGGGAACCACUAGCGCUGGGCCAAAGAGCCAAAUUCUUGACGCGGUCAAUGAAGACAUAUCUCUCGUUUUGAAGACGGACUCUGGUGAUCAAAUUGGUCCAUCAUCGGUCAGCGAUCGCGCCGUUUUCAUCGGCACUGGAAGCAAGGGUAUCAUUGAUCGCAACUACCAGAACCAUGCACAGGUCUACCAACAAAUCUACUCGCCAAACCCAUUCUCUGCGGAAACCGAUAGCACUCUCCGCAAGUACUUUGAUGAGGUGACCACCAAGAAUUUGCCAAUUCGUAAGUCGACUUCAUCCACACCAUCCAACAUCAACUUUGAGACUUAUGAUGAGUACGAAGCAGAUAAUGUCUCCCUUAUGACUGGAAUUCGUGAGCAUAAACUUUCUUUGAACGCGUUAAGCGUUUCAGAUGAUGCAUUGGAUAAGGAGAAGCCGUCAACGUCAACCAAUGGUGCAACUACAUCGCGCUCAUUCAAUGUUAGCGCCACUGAACAUGAGUGUACUAACAAGAAGAAGAGAAAUAAGAGAAUCGAAAACUUGAUGCAAUUCAUGCGACGCAUGACUUCCAAGCGUCAAUCAACCCAAUCGGCUCGUGACUAA